CUGACGGCACUUGCGGUCCUCCACCAUCUCCUCCUCCUCCUCCUCCGCCCGGGCCACGGGUGUCUUCGGCUCUCCCGACUUUAAAACUUUGGGAGACGCGAACACCUCCGAGGGGAAUUGGCAGGUUUGAGAAGAAACCCCCCCCCCCACCCGGUUGGAGAUUAGAAAAUGACGGCGCACUUUUAUCAGAUGGGCACCAAGUUGCUCGGGGAGACCGUCGGACAUGUGAGCGACAGUUUGACGUCAGUGGUCCUGGCAGCAUCCGUCGUCACGCUGGCUCUGGGCUACCUGUCCAAGCUGCUCAUCAGACAGCUGCCGUCCUCGGACAAACAGAAGAAAUACCCACCUUACAUACCCUCCGGCAUUCCAUUUCUUGGACAUGCAGUUGCAUUUGGGAAGAGCCCCAUUGAAUUCCUGGAGGACGCGUAUGAAAAAUAUGGCCCCGUAUUUAGUUUUACAAUGGUGGGCAAAACGUUCACCUACCUGCUGGGCAGUGAAGCUGCCACGUUGAUGUUCAACAGCAAGAACGAGGACCUCAACGCCGAGGACGUCUACUCCAAACUGACCACUCCGGUAUUUGGCAGAGGCGUUGCAUAUGAUGUACCAAACCACGUCUUUCUGGAACAGAAGAAGAUUUUGAAGACUGGACUUCACAUCGCUCAAUUUAAGAAGCAUGUCAAGAUCAUCGAGGACGAGACCAAGGACUAUUUUAAAAGAUGGGGAGACAGCGGGGAGAGAAACCUGUUUGAGGCUCUCUCUGAGCUGAUCAUCCUCACUGCCAGCAGCUGCCUCCAUGGGAAGGAGAUCCGCAGCAUGCUGGAUGAAAAGGUGGCUCAGCUCUACACAGACCUGGAUGGGGGGUUCAGUCACGCUGCCUGGCUCCUGCCUGGAUGGUUGCCCCUACCCAGCUUCAGGCGGAGGGACAGAGCUCACAGAGAGAUCAAGAACAUCUUCUUUAAGGUGAUUCAGAAGCGCAGGAAGUCGGAGGAGAAAGUGGACGACAUCCUGCAGACCCUUAUUGAUGCAACCUACAAAGAGGGACGUCCUCUGACUGAUGACGAGAUUGCGGGGAUGCUAAUUGGUCUCCUCCUGGCCGGUCAGCACACCUCCUCCACCACUAGUUCCUGGAUGGGCUUCUUCCUGGCCAGAGACAAGGCCCUACAGGAGCGCUGCUACGCGGAGCAGAGGGCCGUAUGUGGAGAAGACUUGACUUCACUGGACUUUGACCAGCUGAAGGAUCUCAACUUGUUGGACCGCUGUUUGAAAGAAACCCUGCGGCUUCGCCCCCCCAUCAUGACCAUGAUGAGGAUGGCCCGCUCCCCUCAGACAGCAGCAGGCUACACCAUCCCUGUAGGCCACCAGGUGUGUGUGUCUCCCACUGUCAACCACCGUCUGCAGGACACGUGGGUGGAGAGAACAGUGUUCAACCCCGACCGCUAUCUCAGCAACAACCCGGCUGCAGGGGAGAAGUUUGCCUAUGUGCCCUUCGGAGCCGGUCGUCACCGUUGUAUUGGGGAGAACUUUGCUUAUGUCCAGAUCAAGACCAUCUGGUCCACCAUGCUGCGCAUGUAUGAGUUUGACCUUGUGGACAACUAUUUCCCGGAAGUCAACUACACCACAAUGAUACACACCCCGCACCACCCCAUCAUCAGAUACAAGAGGAGAAAGCACUGAAGCAGAGGGCACGUUUCCAUCCAGAGGAUGAGUUUGAAUUUAAAUAGACUUUGAAGUGAUUAAAAAAAAAUUUUUUUUAAAAAUGCAAAUCUGAAAUGUUUUCCUUGGUGUUAGCUAUUCAAGGAAGCAAAACCCUUUUUCCGUUCGUUCGACACUUUGGUGUUUCCACUCAGCUUUUCUUUUUAGCAACUAAAAAUUUCACAGCUAAGGAUGGAAAUCGCCACAGGAUCCACGACGUCAGAUUCGCUGUCUUAACAGCCUGAUUGCUGGAAACUAACAGCAAAUUCUUAGGACCUGAAUUUGAAGAAUCGGACUGGUGUUGGGCGUUCAAGCAAGCAAAACCCUUUUUCCAUUCCUUCGUUGCUUUGGUGUUCCCACUCAGCUUUUCUUUUCAGCGACUAAACAUUUUACGGCUAAGGACGCAAAUCACCGAAGGAUCCACCGUCUAACGUCCCGAUUGUUGGAGACUCGCAGCGAAUUCUUAGGACCUGAAUUUGAAGAAUCGGACGAAUGCACUGCACCCCGGCUUAAUGUCAUUUCUCCAGUCUGUGGCUGACAUCCAGUGCCUUUUUGCAUCCCUAAAUACAAAGUAGGAAACAGCACCAUAAUGUAUAAAUACUGUAAAUGCAUGUAUUCACUGAAAUUGAUAUUCAGAAUGAAUCCUGUACAAAAAAAAAAAAAGGAAAGGGACUGUACAGGGCAUGCCGACUGACACUACUACGCCUUGGUUGAUGAAAUCA